CUAUUAAUACUACCUGGCCAUGUACUGAUGUCAAGAAAACCAAUAUAAACAUAACCAACACGUUGUUCUGUUGAGCUGCGGGUUUGAAUUCGUGACGUCUAGUGCAAAGUGUCCGUAGUAUUGUGUUUUUUUUUUAAUGAAUUAAGUAUUUUCCAAACCAAGAAUCAAGCUUAGCUACUAAAAUGGCGUCCAAACAAGAAAAGUCGCCCGAUGACUGCCUGUCGCUGAUCAGGAUGUCGCUGAAGGCCACGCAGAUGUCGACGACCGGGACGCAGUUUGAAGGCUCUGUUCCUCACAUCUUCAUCACAUUGGGAGCAUCUGGAGAUUUGGCAAAAAAGAAAAUCUACCCAACUUUGUGGUGGCUGUACCGUGACAAACUGCUGCCCAAGAACACUCUGUUCUAUGGAUAUGCUCGCAGCAAGAUGACCGUCGAGGAGCUGAGGGACAAGUGUCAUCAGUACUUGAAGGUGAAGCCGGAAGAAAAGGAGGCGUACGAGGAGUUCUGGAAGUGCAACCAGUACGUGUCUGGGAACUACGACUCGCGCCGGGACUUUGAGCUGCUGAACCAGGCGCUGGAGGGAGCGGUGCGCGGGCAGGUGGCCAACCGCCUGUUCUACCUGGCGCUGCCGCCGUCCGUGUUUGACCAGGCCACCGUGCACAUCAGGAACGGCUGCAUGGCCUCCAAGGGAUGGACUCGCAUCAUCAUCGAGAAGCCGUUCGGCCGCGACGCUGCCAGCUCCGAAGCCCUGUCCAAGCAUCUAUCCUCCUUGUUCAAAGAAGAACAGGUGUAUCGAAUUGACCACUAUCUGGGAAAAGAGAUGGUUCAGAAUUUAAUGACUUUAAGGUUUGGAAACCGUAUAUUUGGUCCCACUUGGAACCGAGACACUAUAGCAUCGGUUUUGAUCUCUUUCAAAGAACCUUUCGGGACACAAGGUCGAGGCGGCUACUUCGACGAGUUUGGGAUCAUCAGAGACGUGAUGCAGAACCACUUGCUGCAGAUCUUGAGCCUGGUUGCGAUGGAGAAACCAGCUUCAAUUCACCCUGAUGACAUUCGCGAUGAGAAGGUGAAGGUCCUGCGCUCGAUCCCGCCGCUGGCCCUGGGUGACACGGUGCUGGGGCAGUACGUGGGGGACCCCGCCGGGGAGGGGGAGGCCCGGCUGGGGUACCUGGACGACGAGACGGUGCCCCGCGGCUCCAGCACGCCCACCUUCGCGCUGUCCGUGCUCAGCAUCAAGAACGAGCGCUGGGACGGGGUGCCCUUCAUCCUGCGCUGCGGCAAGGCGCUGAACGAGCGGAAGGCGGAGGUGCGGAUACAGUACCGAGACGUGCCCGGGGACAUCUUCAACGGGGACCUGAAGCGCAACGAGCUGGUGAUCCGCGUGCAGCCCGGCGAGGCCGUGUACAUCAAGCUGAUGACCAAGACCCCGGGCAUGACCUUCACCAUGGAGGAGACGGAGCUGGAUCUCACCUACGGCAGCAGGUACAAGGAUGCCAAAUUGCCUGAUGCCUACGAACGUCUACUUUUGGACGUAUUUUGUGGUUCUCAAAUGAACUUUGUCCGCUCGGAUGAACUUUCUGAAGCUUGGAGGAUCUUCACUCCUCUGUUGCACAAAAUAGAAACAGAGAAAAUACAACCAAUACCAUAUGUGUAUGGCUCGCGGGGCCCACAAGAAGCGGACGAGAAGUGUGCACAGUGCAACUUCAAGUACUACGGUUCCUACAAGUGGAAGAACCCGGCCGAAAUGUAAUUCCAACACCAGCUUGAGCCACCCCUGCCAAUUUUUUUUUUAGCUCUGCAUUUGUAGCAAUAAUUUAAAUUUUUAUGACAGCAAUAACACUAUGUUUUGGAGGAUUUUAUUAAUAACUGUAUUAUAAAUGUUACAUAUUGUACAGUAUUGUUUAAUUAUUGAGUUUUGCUAAGUUAAUUUUAAUGUUGGAUGGAUUUUAUUUUAGACUAUUCAUUUGAGAUUAGUAGAUUGAUUACAUGUUGAAAUUAGAACAAUUUUCCUUAAUGUUUUGAUCAAAGUGUUAUUUAAAUGCAAUAUGAAUGUAUUUUUUUUAAAGAUAUUUUGUUUUUGAACUAUCAACAUAGGUAUAUACUUGGAAAAAACACUUCAUAAGAUUCUUUCAGAUAGAUGUAAAUACAUUAGUUUUCCUACAGUUAAAAUUGUGAGAGCAGUGAAAGAUACAUGUAAAAAUGUUUUUAUUUUUGAUUUUAUUCGGGGUUAUGUCUGAAGCUACGAUCAACUUUCUUACUAUGUUAUCUUAAACUGCGUAACUGCCUGCUUGCUAAUUCCAUAUUGUAGGGACCAAAAAUAUGUGAUCCUGUAUAAGUGAAAGUAUUAUUUUUGAGAUGUCUUUUACAACUUAUUUUCACUGUAGUUAGAUGCCAAUAGCUUAAAACAAAAACAAUCUAUGUUGUUUUGUUCCAGUUUGUAUUACUAUGUUCGGUAGUCAUACACCAAUGAUUAAUAUAAUUUUUAUACCGUCUUUUAUCGCAUAAUGUUCGCAUGCGCGUAAUCGUCGCAGCCAUAUUUUAGGGCGUCAAAAUUUCGAUAAAAAAAAACCUCUCGCGUAAACGUCGCAUAAUGUUUUUGGUCCCGCUAUUAGAUUCCGAGCGCUUUGUGUGGGUAUUUUUUCCGUAUAAAACAAUGUAUUUUAAAAUAGAAAUCUAAUAUAUAUUCGGACAUUAACACUUAAUUACUUAUUUAAUUAACGGAAAUACAAAGUUGUCUGACGUGUAAAUUUUCUUUUAAAGACUUUUUAAACGUUAUAACCUUUAUCCGUUCGUCAGCAUCGCCGCGGUGUAUACCGUAAAAAACUGUAGCCAUCGCUCGUUGCAAUCAUUAAUGUUUGGUUAUGUUGCUUUCUGUAUAGAGCGCGCGCACGUAGCCGAAUAUCGAUAUCUCGCCGAAUGCAUACAACGCGCGCUCUCUAUCAGGUGCUGAGUUAACUACAUUUGAUAGCUCACAUUCUUUUGUGUUGUGUACUACGUUAGUUACGCGCUCGUUCGGCUUGUAUUUGGAUUGCAGAUGUUUUUCUAUUUAAAGUUGAAUAAAGGUUUUUGUUGGAUGACUUAUUAAUUCAAAUUGUUUGAGGUGCUCUUUUAUACUUCCCUUUUUAAAUAAACGUACUUUCCAUGAAUGGGUUUUGUUUUUAUGAAUAACUUUAUCUAACAAAAAAAAAUUUUUUCCGCACAAUCAUCGCACCCCUACUUUUCUAACUUGAUUUUAGAAUAAAAUGUGCGACCAUUAUGCGAUAAAAGACUGUAUAUUGGCAAUGGUUUUACUAUUUUUCAUUUCAAGUUCAUUAACUUUUCUAGCAUUUUCUUCCUUAAAAAAUCUCAUGGAUGUAAAAAUGCAAUUUUUGAAUUCUUUCCUGUUUUCAUGACUUUGGUUGACAAAAUUUUUACACUCUUGCUAAUAUUGUCUGUAUAUUAAGAUUUAAAAUUAAUCUUCUCUUUUAUUCAUUUUCUUUUAUGAUGGCAGAAACAAUAUAUAUUAGGUUUAUAUUCAUGUUCCUCAGCUUAAGACAGGCAACAGUAAACUAAAUGUGUGUGACCACAGAAUUUUCAUUUGCCAAUUAAUGUUUCAGUAGUUCCUAAUAUAAUCACUCAUCAGUAAAUCUUUAUAUAUAAUUAUAUGUGUGCACGUGUGCACCAUAGUGUUUGGUUUGUGUUUAAGCACAGUCAUGUUACAAUCUUACAUUAUCUAUAUAUACUAUAUAAAAUUUGAUGUUGGUAUGUAUGCAUAUAAGUAUGUUUAUGACGAUAAACUCCAACACCGUUUGAUAGAUUGCCAUGAAAUGGCACAUCGAAGUGUUAGUGUUUUUUCAUGAAGAAGGUUUUAUGCAAUCCAUUUUUUUUUGGUAACUCACCACUUGAUGAUACUGCAGUGUGUCAACUUCUAAACCGUUCAACCAAUCCCCAUGAAAAUUGGUAUAUUGUGAUUUUUACUGCCCUUAAUAACAACAAAUAGUGAUUGUGACUGUGAUUAGUAUUUGGUGAGCGAGUUUAAAAUGGAACGCUUUAUAGAUUAUAGUUUACAUACAAACCAUCCAUUUUAGAUAUAUAAAGAUAGAUAAAUAAAUAAACCAUGGCAGGACAAUCUCUGCUGGGUUCUGCUAGUAAUUUAUAAUAGUGUGUAGCUGCAUCAGGUGUAAGAUUUUAAAUCGUAGUAAUUCAAAGAAUACUCAAGCCCAAUUGCAUAAUUCAGUACAAUUUGAAAAUCGAGCUUUUUGGGUGAAGGUGAAUAAUAUGCAAUCAGAAUGUGUAUUUAUUUUGUAGUUGUGGUUUAUUGGUUUUACGAUUUUUCGUACUUUUGAAAUUAAGUUGUUCUGUUUGUAUGUCAUGGAUUACAGCAAAUUUUAUACUUUUUAGAUUUUAUAAACUGACAAUAAGAAUAAAUACUGACUAUGAUAUGUGUUAAAAGAGAAAUGUACAAAUUGACAGGCACAGUCAUUGUAACUGGAGGUGUUGUGUAUCAGAUAUGUUUGCAUCGCAGAUAUCAUGAGAGUACUCGUUGUGAUGAUUCCUGAUUGCUCAACUGUGAGCGCAGUGUCCCCGGGAAACGCCCCGGUGGUGGGAGCAGCGUGGCAGAGCGAGUCUGCAAAGGUGAGCCAUUGCCUUCUGCAGCCUGGGUCUGUCAAGGAAAUUUCCCACAGUUGGGAGAAUCCCUUGGACUGGCUGGUGUUCCACCACAGGGGCAUGCACAGGGGAUGGGAGUGGUUAAGAGGGGGUGGAAAUGAUCCCCUCCAAGAUAUAGCAAUCACCACCAACAAAUGGAAAAGAAAGAAUUUUAAAGGCAACAGCAGGCAAACUGGUUCUAUUCACCCCCCCCCCCCCUUUCCCUACCAGGGCCUGCUCCACCAGCUAGUUGCUGGGGCCACUAGACCAGACAGACAAACAAAUGAUGUCGGAAGAAUUUGUUGUGUAUAAAAUUGUUAAUUAUCCAUGUACUGUAUUUUUGUAAGUCAAGAACAUAAGUAUGUAGCUGCGCUUGUACAAAAUCAGCCAGAGUUGGAAGAUGAAACAACUUAAAAAAUAAUAAUAAUAAAAUAAAUUUCACUUCUCACUGUGCAGUCUGCCUGGAA